AUGCCCCAGAGUCCUGUGUCAAGCGAGGAGGAGAGGAGGAGCAUCUCCGGAUACCCUGGGGAAGAAUCAGACUCAGACGGUUCCAGAGAGGACCCUGUCCCUGGAGGGAAAAACAAUCCAACUUCUGCCACCAGCAAUAGUGUCUCUAAGCCUAUUUCAUUAUCUUCAGUAGCGGCGAGAAGAAUCAAAGAAAGAUCCAUGUCGGUUCCAGACGACUCAAAUUUCAGUAUGAUGGUCUUCCGUAUUGGAAUUCCUGACCUGCAUCAAACGAAAUGCCUUCGAUUCAAUCCAGAUGCCACAAUCUGGGUUGCAAAGCAGCAGAUACUGUGCACAUUGAAUGAGAGUCUGAAAGAUGUGCUGAACUAUGGUCUCUUCCAACCAGCGACCAAUGGGAGAGAUGCUAAGUUUCUGGAUGAGGAGCGGUUCCUUCGGGAAUACCCCCAAUCAUUUGAGAAAGGGGUUCCAUAUUUGGAGUUCCGCUAUAAGACCAGAGUUUACAAACAGACCAACCUCGAUGAGAAGCAGCUAGCCAAGCUCCACACCAAGGCUGGUCUGAAGAAGUUCUUGGAGUAUGUGCAGCACGGUUCUGCUGAGAAAGUGGCCCGCUUGCUGGACAAAGGCCUAGAUCCCAACUUUCAUGAUUCGGAAACUGGAGAGACCCCCUUGACACUGGCUUCUCAGCUUGAGGGAACUGUGGAUGUCAUUAGGAUGCUGUGCCUGGGAGGUGCCCACAUCGACUUCCGAUCUCGGGAUGGCAUGACGGCUUUGCACAAGGCUGUUUGCUCCCGCAACUACAAUGGCCUAAUGACCCUGUUAGACCUGGGUGGUUCCCCAAAUCACAAGGACCGCCGAGGCUUAACUCCGCUUUACCAUACUGCUAUGGUUGGAGGUGAUCCCCGGUGUUGUGAAUUGUUGCUCUACAACCGAGCGUUUAUUGGUACGACGGAUGAAAAUGGCUGGCAGGAGAGCCAUCAGGCUUGCCAACAUGGCCACUCACAACAUCUGGAGCAUCUGCUGUUUUACGGUGCUGAUCCUGCUUCCCAGAAUGCUUCAGGGAACACGGCUCUGCAUAUCUGUGCCCUGUACAACAAGGAAAGCUGCACCCGAAUUCUGCUGUACCGGGGUGCAAGUAAAGACAUAAAAAACCACAGUGGGCAGACCCCAUUCCAGGUUGCAGUUAUUUCAGGAAAUUUUGAGCUGGGGGAGUUAAUAAAAAGCCACAGAGACAGUGAUGUUGUUCCCUUCCAGGAAUCUCCUUCCUAUGCAAUGCAUCGUAGGGAAGGGGGCAAAGCGCUGUCGGUGCCCCACGUUCUUCAUCGAGCCAACAGCGACAACAGCCUCUCAAUGCCUGACUGGAUGGUCUUCUCAGCAUCUACUGCCAACACUGUCACUCUACAGGGACAAAAGGCCUCAGGGGGAACUCUUCGCAGCUCCAGUAGCCCACGUGGUGCUCGAAGCCGGUCACCUUCAAGAGGCCGACACACAGAGGAAUCCAAGAAGCAGCCACGUGGACGACCCAGUUCUAGUGGUUCUACCAAAGAUCCCCCUGCUAAUGCGACCUCCAAUCAUCGCUCAAAACGCAAGUUGUACUCGGCAGUGCCAGGGCGCACGUUUGUGGUGGUGAAACCUUACCAAUCGCAAGGCGAAGGAGAGAUAUCCCUCAGCAAAGGAGAAAAAGUCAAAGUUCUAAGUGUGGGAGAAGGAGGAUUCUGGGAAGGAAAUGCCAAAGGUCGCACCGGCUGGUUCCCGUCAGACUGUGUAGAAGAAAUACCUACAAAACCACAGGAAGGAAAACAAGAGAGCCGGAGCGAUAAAGCCAAGCGCUUAUUUAGACACUACACGGUUGGAUCCUAUGACAGCUUUGAUGCCCCCAGGGAGGUCAGUGUGAAGCAGGCGAGUCAAAAACAACAAGAUCAAAUCAAAACAGUGAAGUGUGCACUUCAGAAAUACAGAAAUGUGGAAUUUGGAGGACUUGGCUUCAUGUGA